CAUCCUUCCUCUCCUCUCCAUUCCUUCACAUCGCACUCUUCCCUCAUCAUCACCAUGGUUCUCCAGACUAAACUCACUAAACUCGUCGGCAUCAAGCAUCCUAUCGUUCAGGGCGGCAUGCAAUGGGUCGGAACUGCCGAGCUUGCCUCUGCAGUCUCGAACGCUGGCGGUCUCGGAAUCUUGACCGCGUUGACGCAGCCCACCCCUGAGCACCUCCGCAACGAGAUUCGUCGCUGCCGCACCAUGACCAGCAAGCCCUUCGGUGUCAACCUGACUUUGUUGCCUGCCAUGACCCCUCCCCCUUAUGCUGAGUACGGCGAUGUCAUUAUCCAGGAAGGAAUCACGGUUGUCGAGACUGCUGGAAACAAUCCCGGCGAGCACAUCCAAAAGUUUAAGAAGGCCGGUAUUUUCGUCAUCCACAAGUGCACGUCGAUCCGCCAUGCCUUGACUGCCCAGCGUCUUGGAGCUGACAUGCUCAGCAUUGAUGGCUUUGAGUGUGCUGGUCACCCUGGUGAGGACGAUGUCACUGGAUUGAUCCUGUUGCCCUUGGCUGCCAAGGCUCUCAAAAUUCCUUUCAUCGCUUCUGGUGGAUUCGGCGACGGCACCGGUCUUGCCGCUGCCCUUGCCCUUGGUGCUGAGGGUAUCAACAUGGGUACUCGUUUCUUGUGCACGCAGGAGGCACCCAUCCACAACAACAUCAAGGAACAGAUGGUCAAGGCGAGCGAGCGCGAUACCUCUUUGAUCUUCCGUACUCUCCACAACACUGCCCGUGUGUUUCGCAACAAGGUUGCUAAUGAAGUCAUUGCCAUCGAGCGCAAGCCCGGUGGAGCCGAGUUCACGGAAGUCGCUCCUUUGGUCUCGGGCCAGCGUGGAAAGCUCGUCUAUGAGAACGGUGACCCCGACCAUGGUAUUUGGACCGCUGGUCAGAUUGUGGGUUUGAUCAAGGACAUCCCCACAUGCGAGGUUCUCGUCAAGAGGAUGGUCCAGGAAGCUGAGGACACGAUCAAGGGCCGUUUGGCGAGCAUGGUUGUCACCGAGGCCAAGUUGUAAAAAGGAACGAAAAAGAAUUAAAAUGUAUGUACAUACAUAAUUUGUCGGUUGUGAAUGGAAUAAAACCAUAGAGACAAUAAACGUGAAGUUGGGUUGAUUUAUUA